ACAUUAGGCAAUUACCCUAGUAACCUCUCUUUCAUCAUAGUACCUUUUAUAUAAGCAAAAUGCAAGAGGGCAUAGCAGUCAUCUAGUGCUUCACAUUUUUUCUUUUUAGUGCCUUAGCUCACAUGCUACGUACUUUAUUCCAUUUUUCUCAUCCCCUAUAAUUCAUGCUUUGGGAGUAGAGGAAGAGGAAACUUGAUCAUAGAGAGGGAGAGAAUGGAAGAACAGGUUGAGAUGGUGGGCAGGGCAUUUGUGGAUCAUUACUACCAUCUCUUUGACAAUGAUAGAGCUGCUCUAUCUUCUCUCUACCAGCCAACCUCUAUUCUGACCUUUGAGGGCCAGAAGAUAGUAGGUGUGGAUGAUAUAUCUUCUAAGCUUCAUCAGUUGCCAUUUGAUCAAUCUAAACACUUGAUUAGCACCAUUGAUUCACAGCCCUCGUCCUCCUCGGGUGGCAUUAUGGUCUUUGUCAGCGGCAGCCUUCAGUUGCCUGGAGAGGAGCACCAGCUAAGAUUUAGCCAGAUGUUUCACUUGAUUCCUACGCCACAGGGAAGCUUCUUUGUGCAGAAUGACAUCUUCCGCUUCAAUUAUGGAUAAUUAGUUUUU